GAGUAGUGGGAGGCACCUACAUUCCCAAUAGGUGGCUCCACCCGCUGCCAAUUAGCAGUAUUGGGACCAGGUGUGGAGACCUCACACCUGGUGCUAAUCACUCCCUCAAGGGAGACAAAGCAGACAGAGUUGCUCAGUGGUGUGUGGCACAUGGAGGGAGCAGGAGGCUCCCAGCGUGAGGAAACAUUUUUGUAAGCUGGUAAGUCGGUUAGCGGCCCGGCUACGUUAGCCUUUGUUUAGUUAAAGGUAUUUUUGAGUUUGUUAGCAAUAAAGCCUCUUUUUGGAUUUGAACACUGCCUCUGUCGUGAUUGCUGCACUACCACUUUUCUCUUUAUCUGCCCUGUCCUGUUACACUGGUGGAGAAUGCGGGCAUAAAGACUCUAUUGGUGGUGUUGCAGUCAGAACAAUUUUUUUUUUACGUUUUCAAGAUGGAGGAUGUACUAAAGGAGUUGGUGCGUAUUUCUACUGAGCAGCAGACUCUGCAACGGCAGAUGAUACAGGAGCAGCAGAAACAGAAUGCACUUCUCCACAUGGAGGUCCAAAAAUGCCUUACAGCAGCCUCUCCUGUCCAGAGGGAAGCAACCAUGCAGCCUAACCCAGGUCGAUUCAUCCCCAAAAUGACAGAGAGUGAUGAGAUAGAGGCCUACUUAACGGCCUUUGAGCGCACAGCUGAAAGAGAGGGCUGGCCAAGGGACUCCUGGGCUGAUCUGGUUGGACCGUUCCUCCUGGGCCCGGCACAGCAAGCUUACUUCGACCUCCCUCCGGACCAAGCAAAGGAUUACGUCGUCUUGAAGAAGGAAAUCCUGGCGAGGUAUGGCUACAGCUUAGCAGCAAGAGCCCAGCGGUUCCAUGAAUGGAAAUACAAGCCAGAGUUGUCAGCCAGGGCCCAGAUGUAUGACCUAGGCCGGGUAACCAGAGCCUGGCUGACAUGCAACCCCGAAAAGUUAAGUGUUUUAGAGAGGAUAAUGAUGGACAAAUAUAUUCGGUCUCUGCCCUAUGAGAUCAAGAAAAUGACAAGCCAGCAGAAUCCAGCCGGUCUGGAUGAGUUGGUUAACGUAGUGGAGAGCCACGUGGUCACAGCGGACCUGCUUAAGUCCACACGACCAGACACCGAGUGGGGCCGGAAAGUCAGUGGGGAAGCAUCACGGACUAGACGGGCACGAGAACCGCGAUGGGAACCAGAAGAGGUAAGGCGACGACAGUCCUACCUGCCAGAGGGCCAACCGCGUUGCUACCAGUGUGGGGAGACAGGCCAUAUUGCCCGGGACUGCCCAGGGAAGGAUGAGCUAAUGCCGACCGCCAACUCAUCUGGUGCAAGGCCCUGCCACCUUCUUGACUCUUGCUGGGUACAGGAAAGCUCCCUGGCUCAAAUGAUACCAGUCAAAGUAAAUGGAAAAGAUGCAGAGGCGCUAGUGGACUCAGGAAGUGUGGUAACCCUCAUUCAACCCCACCUCCUCGACCAUUUGCCAUCUGAAGAGACUGUGCCCGUCUCCUGUGUCCAUGGGGACACUAAAUUAUACCCCACUUGCCUCAUCCACCUUACCACAGUUAAAGGCAGCUGUGAGAUGAAAGUGGGGGUGGUUCCUUCCCUACCAGUCCCAGUCUUGGUGGGGCGAGACUGCCCACUAUACAAGCGCCUGCGGCACCAGAAGGAGGUGAGUCCCAAAAAGCACAAGCGUGCCAAAGGAAAACGAGAGAGAGGACAAACUGCCACCCAGGGUACUUCUCCUCAGCAGUUCCCCAACGUUGUGUGUGCUGUGCCGGAGGAGCAGAGAGGCAACCAAUCUUCCAGUGCAGACGAGGCAAAUGAUAACCCUUUUGUUGCUUUCCCUGGAGACCUAAGCACAGGUCAUGAGGAGGGGGAAGUCUCAUUGCUUCCAAGUUUGAAGGGCCAGUUCGGGACCGCCCAGAUGGAAGACCCCAAUCUGUUGCAUGCACGCAGCAAUGUUACGGAAAUAGAGGGAAAACCAGUUCCAGGAGUGGGUGAGCUUACAUGUCCUCAUUUCCUAAUAAAAAAUAAUCUGUUAUACUAUGCCAAAGAGGUUGAAGGUCAGCGAAGAGACUUGUUGGUUGUCCCAAAACAAUAUGUGUCCACAGUGUUGCAUCUGGCUCACAGCCAUGUCCUAGGGGCCCACCUAGGGGUUGAGAAGACAAGGCAGCGGAUUGGGAGCCGGUUCCACUGGCCAGGGGUGGUACCCGGAGGCCAUUCCCUUGAGGAACAUGACAACGAGAGUGAUUGCACGGGAGCUGCUUCACCUGUUCAGUCGAGUUGGGAUUCCUAAAGAGAUGCUAACAGACCAAGGCACUCCCUUCAUGUCCAAGAUAAUGAAGGAUCUCUGCAGGCUCUUCAAGGUAAAGCAGCUUCGUACAUCUGUCUACCAUCCGCAGACAGACGGAUUGGUAGAACGCUUUAACAAGACGUUGAAAUCCAUGUUAAAGAAGGUUGUUGACAAGGAUGGUCGUAACUGGGACCAGCUUCUGCCCUAUGUCCUGUUUUCAAUCAGGGAAGUUCCACAGGCUUCAACCGGUUUCUCCCCCUUCGAGCUGCUGUAUGGCCGACAGCCCAGAGGACUUCUCGACAUCGCGAAGGAAGCCUGGGAGGAGCAACCAAGCCCCCAUCGGAGCCUGAUUGAGCAUGUAGAGACGAUGCAGACGCAUAUGAAAGAUGUUUGGCCCAUGGUCAGAGAGCACAUGGCUCAAGCCCAAGAAGCCCAGAGGAAAGUGUAUAACAGAGGUGCCCAACCACGUGAGUUCCUGCCCGGGGAUAAAGUGCUUCUCCUGGUCCCCACCACAGAACACAGAUUCCUGGCAUCGUGGCAAGGUCCCUAUGAAGUGACAGAGAAGGUGGGACCAGUCAACUACAAGGUACGCCAACCUGGCCGUCGCAAACCAUCCCAAAUAUACCAUGUUAACCUGUUAAAGAAAUGGUAUGCCCGAGAGGCACUGCUGUGUUCUUGUUCCCUGUUUGUAUCCCCUUCUCCAGACCAUGAGGUGGCCGAAGUUGAAUACGGUCCAGGGCUAUCCAAAGCUCAGUUACAGCAAACCAAGGAACUGGUUCAGCAGAGUUUGGAUGUGUUCUCACUACGACCUGGACGCACAACGAUGGUGGAACAUCAAAUCCACACAGAGCCUGGCCAAAAGGUAAAGAUGCGACCCUACCGGGU